UUGUAGCAGAGAUCAUAUACUGCAAAAUGUGAAGUCAGAUGUUCAACCAUUGAGGGAACCAUCAGAAGAAAAUACCAUUUCAAGACAGCAAUUCCAUGACUAUUUACUACCUUCCAAGUUCCAUCUGACUUUCUUAAAAAGACAUAAAAUCAUAGUUAAUGACCAAUUAAAGAAAUGGGCUGAAGUAAUAUGGAAAGAUUCCAAGUUUAAUAAACUGAAAUUAAGUUAUUCUGAAGGAAAUUUGAAGCAAAUUGAACAAUGUUUGGAAGACUUAUUAAAUUCCAUUACUGUUGAAAUCAUUGAUGUUCCAACCAAUAUUUUUGAAGACGUUGUUAGAACAUUUAAAAGUGAUGAUGAUAAGAAAUAUUUUUAUUUUGAUAUCCAAUAUCAUAAAGUUCAUAUUUUUGGAUUUGAUAAAAGUAAUGUGAUUAAAAUGAAAAACAGACUUUUGGAUAAUCUUAGAUCGAUAUAUGAGGAUGAUUUAAGUAUUCAUGGAAGGCGUAUUCUAUCUGGUCUCAGAUUUUUUGAGCAGGCAGAAAGACAAUCUGAAGAUCUACAAGUCAGAAUUCAUGGUAACAAAGUUAUUUUUGAAGGCCAGUAUUCCGAAUUAGCUACUUGUCUCAAGAAUAUGUAUAAAAUUCUUCAGUCAAUUGUUAAAUCUGAAUUGUGUUUGCCUUUAAAUACUGGAAUGAUCAUAAAUAAAAAACCAGUGAAAGAAUAUCUUGAUGACAAACUGAGAAACAAGAAAUGUAUUGGUUCAUGGGAAACGGGUGAUGGUGAUUCAGUAUUACUUUAUGCAAGUGAUAAAACACAUCUUUCACUUUUGGAAGAAAUUAUGAAAGAAACUUUUUUCGCCAACACACUGGAUUUUGUACACAAAAUUAAGGAUACUCCAAAUUAUGGAAAGUGGCUGACAUUUGUUGAAAAACUAAAAGAAGAGUUUCCAGAUUCCCAUUUUAUUGGAGAAAAUUCUCUUGUCGCUGUUGAUGCUGUAGUUAAUGAUAUAAAAAGCAAAAUUGAUAACUUUAAGCAAUCUUUAACUGAUGAACCUUAUAUAUCGAUGACUCAUGCACAUUUCCUCUUUCUUAAAGAGUUCAAAGAACAAGAAAUCAAUGACUUUGGUGCGAAAAAUAAAAUUAAGAAUGUGUGUCUCAAAGAUAAUAAGUUACACCUGGAAGGAACACAAGAGCAAUUUAAGAAAAUGGAAAUAUUUAUAGAAAAUUUAAUAAAAGAUAUCAGAUCACAAGAAGAAAACUUUGAAAUGUUUAGAUUUCAAGAAUUUCUGGAAAGUGAAGAAGGAAACACUUUCUUGUGUGAAAUGCAGAAGAAAUCUGAGAGUAUAAUAUCAUUAAAUUCAAAUUUAGAAAGUGAAACAGAAGAAAUAGUUAAAGUUAAUUAUAAGAACUGUGAAAUCGUGUUGAGGGAAGGUGACAUCACGACUCUGGACACAGAUGCUAUUGUUAAUGCUGCAAAUGGUAGAUUGGAACAUAUGGGAGGUGUUGCAGCAGCCAUUGUGCAGAAAGGUGGGUUUGGAAUUCAAGCUGAAUCUAACAGAAUUAUGAAAGAAAGAAAGAGUGAACUAACACCUGGAGAGGUAGUGUCAACUAAAGCUGGUAAACUCAAAUGCAAGGCUAUCAUUCAUGCUGUUGGACCCAUUUGGAAUGAUGGACAAACUGAGGAAAUUUUUCACCUUUCAAGAGCUGUUCGAAAUUGUUUGGCAGGUCUUGAAGAAAAGUCUUAUACAUCAAUUGCAAUUCCUGCACUCAGUACAGGUACUUUUGGUAUACCCAUAGAAGAAGGAACUGAAUGUAUAGUAACAACUAUAAAGAAUUAUCUUGAUGCUUACUCAAAUUCUAAAAUAAAACAUAUUUGUUUGAUUGAUGUACAGAAGGAAGUAAUCAGAGCUUUUAAGCUUCAUCUAGAAAUGGUGUUUGGAAUCAGUAAAAGCAGAGGAACCACAUCAUUCAACGCUUCCCUUCUUGGUCCACAACAGAAAGCAGCCCCUAUGACACCCAGAACUAAUGUGGCAUCCGGAGAAAAUGCUGGCAUCAAAAUACAACUAAUGAUUGGUUCAAUUUCUAAUGCAUCUGUUGAUGUCAUCAUUAACAGCACCAAUAAAAGCCUCCAGCUUAACAUUGGUGCUAUCUCCAAAUCUAUUCUCAAUGCUGCUGGUCCAGAGAUACAAGUUGAAUGUAACCAGAAAUAUCCUCAAGGUAUUUCUACAUCUGAAUUAGCCAUCACUAAAGGAUAUAACCUCAAAUGUAAGAAAGUAUUUCACCUGGUAUUACCUCCCUGGGAUGAAAAUUCAUCUGAUUCAAUUCUGGCAAACUUGACUCAAAUAAUAACCAUUUGUCUGAAAAAUACUGAGAGAAUGGGAGUGAAAAGUAUUGCAUUUCCUAUAUUAGGAGCUGGAACAUUGAAGUACCCCAUUGAAAAUCUACCCAGAACUAUGUAUGAAGCCGUGAAAAACUACUCAAAUCUAAAUCCAAGCCAGAUCAAAGACGUUUACUUUACGGUUUAUCCUCAAGACAGAGAAAUAGCAAAGAAAUUUAAAGAAUAUUUCCAACAAAUGUCAGCAGAUGGUUCAGAUGUAUCAUCAGGGACCUCAUUAUCAAACCCAUCCCCUCUUCAUCCACAACAGAAAGCAGCUUCUGUGAUACCCAGAACUAAUGUGGCCCUGACAAAGAAUCCUGGUAUCAAAAUAAACCUAAUGAUUGAUUCAAUUUCUAAUGCAUCUGUUGAUGUCAUCAUUAACAGCACCAAUAAACACCUCCAGCUUAAUGAUGGUUCUAUCUCCAAAUUUAUUCUCAAUGCUGCUGGUCCACAGAUACAAGUUGAAUGUAACCAGAAAUAUCCUAAAGGUAUUUCUACAUCUGAAAUAGCCAUCACUAAAGGAUAUAACCUCAAAUGUGAGAAAGUAUUUCAUCUGGUAUUACCUCCCUGGGGUGUAAACUCCUCACAUUUAAUUCUGGCAAACUUGACUCAAAUAAUAACGACUUGUCUGGAAACUGCUGAGAGAAUGGGAGCAAAAAGCCUUGCAUUUCCUAUAUUAGGAGCUGGAACAUUGAAGUACCCCAUUGAAAAUCUACCCAGAACAAUGUCUGAAGCAGUGAAAAACUACUCAAACCAAAAUUCAAGCCAGAUCAAAGAUGUUUACUUCAUGGUUUAUCCUCAAGACACAGAAAUAGUAAAGAAAUUUGAUGAAUAUUUCCAAGGAAACACAACAGGUAGUUCAGCUGCAUCAUCAGAUGAUGAAGAUGAAGAAAUAGAAGAUAAUGUCUUUGCUGGUCAAAAAGAUGUUGGUGUCACAUUGAAAUUCUUAGCUAAAUACCAAAAUCUUGACAAUGCUAUAGAAACUGUUAAAAAGGAGUACAAUUCUCUAUUAACAACUGAGAAAAUACCAUUUGAUGUGGACUUGACAGAACCUCGAGUAAAAAAUGACAAAUGCUCAAAGUAUCUGAAAAUAAAUGUACACAGAGGAUUGUACGGACAUACCUGGUUAGAUUUUGGAUUAAAGGCUACACCGGCAAUAUUUCAGCAAAUCAUGGAUGCUAUGUUAUAUGAUUGUGAAUUUACAGUCCCUUAUUUAGACAAAAUAUUGAUUAAAAGUAAUUCAUGUGAACAGCAUAUUGAGCAUAUAAAAGCUGUGUUCAAGAAAAUUAAAGAGUACAGGUUCAAUUUGAGUGAAGUAAAAUGCAAAUUCCUUUUGCCUCAAAUUAUGUACUUAGGGCAAAUGAUUGAUAAAAAUGGUAGAUGGCCUGAUCCAUCGAGGGCAGAUGCAAUAAAGAAUGUGCCUGUUCCGACAAAUAUACCAACGUUAUAA